ACACCUGAGGGUAAAUGCGUAAACCUGGUUUUAUGAUCAAUUCUUGUGGACUAUUGCAAAACUUUUUAAAGUGAAAAAAAGUCAUAAUGUUGAACUUUUUCUUUAUCUUUUUUUUUAAUCUAACAUAACUUCGUUUUAAAAAUGUUAACACUGUGUAUUGUUUCAAUUGCUACAGAUUUUUCUAUAGCCUGAAACAAAACUAUUAGACCGUUUGCUGUGUGGCUCAGCAAUCAAAGGGGAAUUGUUAAAAAUUAAUGAAAAAAAGGGUUUUUAAAAAGUUUUUGACAAAAAAAAAUAGUUGGAAUGAUCAACACCUCACAACGACCCAGUUAUUGCAGUGAGAAGCAAAGAGAAUGUUUUUGCAUAAGUGAAAAUAUUUACAUAGACACACAGUGUGUGGCAGUUACUGAUAUGCAGGUUGUCGUUUUACAAAAAAAAAAAAAGUCUGUAAUGUUCAUGUGAGAGACAAAAAAUAAUUCUGGACCUCAAAUAUUUAAGGCAUUUUUGAUGUAAAUAGUGCAGUAAAUCAAUAUUUGCUUGGUAAGCCUUACUGUCAGUGGAGGAGGUCAAAGGUUUCCUGUAGAUCUGCACCAGUCAAACCUUCAGGAUGAUCAAAGCAACACUUCCGGUGCUCCUGCUGGCUCUGACUUCCACCUUUGCCAAGUACAUCCCAAAGACGGGCCGGAGGAUCCCACAAACCCUCUCCAGAGGAUGGGGUGACCAGCUGAUCUGGGCUCAGACAUAUGAAGAGGCGUUGUACUGGUCCAGGUCCAGGAACAAGCCUCUGAUGGUCCUGUUCCACCUGGAGGACUGCCCCCACAGCCAGGCAUUUAAGAAGGUGUUCUCUGAAGAUGACAAAGUCCAGAAAAUGCUGGAUGAGGACUUCAUCGUCCUCAACCUGAUGUACGAAACCACUGACAAGCACCUCUCUCCUGAUGGACAGUACGUUCCACGAAUCCUGUUUGUGGACCCCUCCAUGACCGUGAGGGCUGACAUCAAUGGUCGCUACGGCAACCGCUUGUAUGCCUACGAGCCAACCGACAUGGGUCUCUUGUUUAGUAACAUGGAAAAAGCAAAGAAGUUGCUGAAGUCUGAGCUGUGAGGAGCAGCGGCGAGCUGCCCAUCCUGACGACGAGUCGUCACCCCUGGUUCUGGCAUCCCACAGAAGACAGCGCACUGCAAAGUUUCCUCUCCCCUUUAUGUUUCCUGGAUAGUUUAUAUUUGUGUUACUGCGACUGUCCAUUACCAGCUCUGUUGAAUAAAUGCACUCUUGUUAACA